ACUGCAGCUGAACUCCGCAAAUGGGAACAGGAAGAAGCCGCCCGCCAGCAGGCGAUCCAACGACAGCUGGCAGAGGCCGAGGCAGCGCGUCAGCAGGCCGCAGCAGAAGCUGCAGCAGCCGCACGGUUAUAGCAACAGCAGACGGAGGCAAGUCAGAAUCAAGUUCGUUACCAAGCCACAAUGGAGCUCGCCAACGAAGAAGCCACGUACCGGAGGGUACUUCAACAGCAGCACUUUCAAGCAAACGAAGAACAAGAGGAGCCGACCGAGGAAAAGAGAAGCAAGGAGGCAAUAGCAGUACUGAUGGAAAACCUGCUGUACACGUGCAAUUGGCAGCAGCGCGAAUUGCUGGCCAUGCGACAGAUCUUCAUCCGCUACGAAACAACUUUUUGGACGCUGGAACAGAAGAUCGCCGCCUUGCAGACAAUGAACAGCGACCAGCAGACCAUCAACGACCAGUUGCAGACCACUGUCAGCACAGGGUUGGCACGACUGUCUGCAGUUGAGUCGACGGCCAGUGCAGUGGCAGACUGCAGCCCAGCUUUGGCCGCUCAAGCCAAGCAACUCGAAGAGCGGAUAAACCACGUAGUCGCAUCCCUUGGCAACAUCAGCAAGUUCGCCGGGACGUCUACGGUCAGCAAUCAGCUGCAGACGCUCAGCAACCGCGUUCAACAACGAACGGCCGCCGUCGUCAAGGAAUGGAAGAUGCCGAACUUCAAGAUUGAGAAGUUCGGCGACUACCACAAGACCGAUCAGCUGCAAUGGUGGAUGGCAUUCAACGCGGAGGCGGACAUAGAUCACGUCCCACCACUGCGGCGGCUUGACGCGCUCUACCUCCAGCUCAUUGGAGGCGCACAGGCAUUCAUGACUCACAUGGCAGUCACGCUGGAAUGCACCAUCGCCACCCUCCACACCAAGAUCUCUUGGGAAGACUUUGAGGAGAAGUGGAAGACCCGUUUCAUGGUCAACAACGAGAAGCAUCACGCAUUGAACAAGAUCUUCCGCAUGUUUCAAGGCCAGCAACCAUCACUGGAAUGGCUGACGGAGUGGCAAAGACUCGUCGCCACCCCGGAGUUGAACCUGCUGUUCGACUCAAUCCGGGCCGAGUUCUUCGCCCGGUCUUGCGACGCCUUGACAACUGCUCUUGGCAGCGAAUUUCAGCAUGAGACCUUUGAUGCGAUGAUCUCAAAGGCAAGCGAACUCAUACAAGGUAACCGGCGCGCGGCCAACGAGGCCCACCAACAUCCCGGUUACGUGGAGAAAGGCAAAGGUCGGCGGAUGCCCCAAGUAGCAGUGAUCCAGCAAGGAUCUAGUGAGGACCUCACAGCCGCUUCAAAAUCAAGUGACGGAGAUGUGGCGGCAGCGAUACCACCGCAACGCUCAAGACCCCGUGGGGGAAAACAUAAGGCGACAAAAAGCGUCGGCGGAUGGAGCGAUACAGUCACCAUGGACGAAGUUCGGGAUCACCGAAGACAUGUGCAAGUUACGGAUCGGGGUGCUGUUUAUGGUGCAAUAGCACCAAACGCAUCACUAGUUUGUGCCAAGACAAGGACAAGGAAAAUGUCAAGCAUCCAGGCUCGGGAAACUGAGCACCGCGGGAAGUGCAGCGACAUCACUUUCCAGUCCGCUGGACUCAGCUGCCUUGCUAGCAGUCUCUCUCACGUCCGGGGAUGACGCAGUAGUCGCAAGUUCUCAGAUCGACUUUGAGAACUAUAUUGUCCAGCUGGUCCCAUCGUUGAACCAGCCUCUCCAUGUGCAAGAUUCAAGCGCAUGCGCAGUGUUACCGCCGUCGGACAACGAACCGGUUGCUUCGCCAGCCCUUCUAUCGGAGGAUCCGUUAACUUGG